UGAUCUCAGUCCUUGUAUACUAUAAAUAUUAUGUAGUGCUCAGGAAAAAAUAAAAAAUUAUAUUCACUACAAAAAACAAGAACGGCAAUGACAAAGUAGAUUAUCUUGUUAUACAAUUUAGUUCUGAUAUAGCCCACUUUCAUCGUAUAGCUAUAGCAUAUUUUUUCGUCGGUCCAGGACACUCCUUUUGCGACUAUCAUGUUGCCUAUUGCUAG